AUGAGGAGAGUGUGUAGUGCGAACGCGCCCGCUUUCCUAUUCAGCAAGGUCUUCCGGUGUGGGAAGGGCAAGAAGGUGGGAGAGGGUUGCCCAGCAAAUGGUGGCAAGGCCUACCAGUUCCGCUCUCAUGAUGAGGGCGUGCUGGACCAGAUUCGGCGCAAGCAACCAGCUGUCUUGGAGCAGCUCGCAAUCGUUUUCACCCGAGGGGGAGCUAUCGAGCGCAGUCUUCUUGACACCAUGGUUCGCAAUGUUGUAAGCGGGGCGUCUCUGGCCGAUCAGCAAAAGAUGGUGCGCGAGGCGCACAUGCGCACUUUUGUCCAGCACAAAGCCACAUACAUCCAGUACGCUGCAGCAAGAGUCAAACUCCGACAGCAGCAGAGCGGGGCACUUCUUUUCCCCGGAGUUGCUCAGCCAACCCCUCCGGCCCCUGCUGAUUUUGGAGAGUAUGGGGACAGGGCGGGAUACCGGGGCUGGAUUCCUUCAACGUCCUGGCUAGCAGGUGUCAUCCUUGCGUCCCUCACUGGGCGGCUUGCGUUUCUUGAGCGCCACCUCGCUGCGGUGGAUGGGGUUUUCUGGCGGGGAGAUCAUACCUUCCAAGCAGCCUCUCGAAUUCGAUCAGCUGACGGGCGCAAAGACUAUGCAGCCAUCUACUCGGUGAUGAACGAGUGGUCGCAGAUCGUCGGGCAGUGGGCUGUGGGGGACACCUCAUUUGACGAGUAUGCUGUGGGCCUGCGGGAUGUCCUCAAACGUUACGAUGACCAUGGGUUUCAGCUGCCCAAGUUCAUGUGGGUCGACAACUCCCGAACGGUCGCCGCCCAGCUGUACGGUGCCAUACCCAGUCUCAGCUGGGUUCUGGAAGAUGCCACCCACGUCAUGCGUCGGGUUUUUGAGACCAUUCCGGAUGCCCACUCUCUCAAAGCUGACUUUUGUCGGGACUACUCGGGCGCGAUGUUCAAGAUCCACCAGCCGGACAAGUGGGCUUUGCGCGAGUUUCUCCUGGAAGGAGGUCCGGGAAGGCGAAAGUGGACACAAGCUGAGGUGGCAGCUAAGCCUGGGAGCUACUGGCGAGCGCGCUGCCGGCACACCAUCCCUGCCCCGCACGAGCUUGCCAGUGGGGUUGAAGCGGUGAUGAAGAAGUAUGAGCGAGGAGUGUGCGCCAUCAACGGUGAUCCCCUCAUCACCGAUGAAGUCCAGCGCGUGCACAACCUGCAGCUGCAGCUCAUGCAGGAGGGCUUGCUUAGUGAUCCGCUCAACGUGGACGAGAUGUACAUCCGGAUCAACGCCCCCGGCUGUAUGCCCCGCUACAUCGGUGUGCGGGGCUGCUCCUCGCUAGAGGGCUAUCACCGACACCUGAACGCGCUGCUGGACGGGGAAAACUACUCCCCGGAGCUUGCGGGGGCUCUUAUUGCCUUGUUCAAUUACCGCUGGAAUUACGAGUGCGCCGUCCGCAGCAAGGGGGCAAGAGACUGGGGAAUGUUCGACCACUGGCUGCUGGAGGAGAUGCAGGACACGUGCGCAGCGAUGGGGUGGCCAAACCCCUGUCCUGAGUGGCGGCGCGCUCCGGCUACUCAGGAGCGCUUCGGCGUCCAUGCGGCCCCCGCCGUGCUGAGGACAGGGGUGUCGCAGCGCGAUGAGGAGGACGAAGCCGGUUUCCUCGAUCAGGAGGCUGUGUUCGUCGAGAAUCUUCUCAACGAGCAAGAAUCAAAAAGCAAGCAGGCUGCUAGCUCGGUUCUCUCUUCGCCCACUUCCCCUCAGGACGGACAGCCUGCGCUUGUGCCUGAUGCGCAGCAGGGGGGCCAGUCCGUACCUUCGCUCCCCCCCCAGCACGACGGACAACCUGCACUCGUGCGCCCCGCAUACCAGGACGGGCUGCCUGCAGUUGAGUUGCCCCCCCGCCAGGAUGGACGGCCUACGCUCGCGCGCGGUGCCGUGCAGCAAGAGGGGCAGCGCCUGCGUUCGCCCCCCCCGCGCGAGGACGGACGGCCUGCGUUCGUGCGUGCCGCACAGCAGGACGGGCUGCCAGGGGGGCAGUCCGCCCCUCUCUCCGAACCCUUCGACAACAGGGCGCCUCCGAACCUGCGCGCCACGCCGCAGCCAGGGGGGAAGUCCGCCCCUCUCUUCGAACCCCCCCCCAACAGGGCGCCUCCGAACGUCCGCGCCGCGCCGCAGCCAGGGGGGCAGCCGGCCUCUUCCUUUCCUCCCCCGCCGAACGGGCAGCCUCCCAACUUCAGCGCCGCGUCGAAGCCGGGGGGCCAGCCUGCCUCUCACAUCGCCCCCCCUCAAAACGGGCAGCCUCCCUGCGUCCGUGCCGCGCCACAGCCGGGGAUUCAGCCGGCCUCUUUCUCCCCCCCCCCGCGAACGGGCAGCCUUCCCACGUCAGUGCCUCGCCACAGCAGGGGGGUCAGCCCGCUCCUCGCCCCCCCCACACUCCAAACAUUUGGCCUCCAGUUGCACCGGCUGCAGCGCCAUGGGGAGGGCUUCCCAAUCAGUUCCCCCCCUCCUCCUCGGGCGCACCACCUCCAAUCGAGCCCGCUGCUCGGCAACCACUUGGGGAACACCUUGGAGGAAGUGCGCCACCGCUUUGGGGCCAGCCUGUGGCCACUCCUCACUUACACGGCCCACUUCCCAAGGUCGUGUACGGCUCAUCGCAACUAG